GAGUCGUCAUUUCGUUCGUGUUGCUACUUGCUACAGAAGAGAACUGCUGCUUGCUUCGACUCAGCCAGUCGGAUUUAUUAUUCACACACACGUCGCCAUUCACUCUGAAUUAAUUCAAAUUAAUUUCUCUCUGGAUUGCUACAUUUUACAGAAAUUUCUUUGACAAGAUAAUUGGAGUGGAUUCAUCAUUGAACAAGAUAAGAUAAUACUUUAAGCAGCUGACAAGAUGGUGUCUGGAGGUGUCAACAAGUGCAUGAAAUAUGCACUCUUCGUCUUCAAUUUGGUCUUUGUGAUCGUUGGAAUAGUGAUGGUUUGGCUCGGAAUCAGCUCUCUGAACGGAUUUGAUCGUUAUAUCCAACUUGUGGAAACUCACUCAUUUGCAGCUCCACCAAAGCUUUUCAUCGCCAUCGGAGUUAUCAUGUUUCUCAUUGCUUUCCUUGGAUGUUGUGGAGCUUGGAUGGAAAAUCAUGCUAUGAUUAUGGCGUACUCCGUGCUCGUUGGAUUAGUGCUGGUUCUGCAACUGGGUGUUGGAAUUGCAGCAUUCUUGUUGCAAGAUGAUGUUGAACAAUUGGCUGAAAAAGGACUGAAUUCCACUCUGGUGAACUAUUAUAACAAGACCUUCCCAAAUGUUGAGGAUAUCCAACGAUCAUGGAACCUUGUUCAGAGCGAGCUCCACUGCUGUGGUGUUUCCAACUAUACGGAUUGGAAGGCUAGUUACAACGCAGAUUUGAAAACUGAGGCCCUUGUCCCAACCUCUUGUUGCGUUGGUGGUGCUGUUGAAAAUUGCACCUUGACUAUUAACAAGGAUAACAUCGAUACAAUUGAUGUUACCGGCAUCAUCUACACCGAGGGUUGCUUGAACAAAGCUAUUGAUCAAUUGGCUAUUACCCGUCUUGGCGUUGUGGCAAUUGCACUUGGAGUUGUGCAACUUCUGGGAGUGAUCUGCGCCUGCCUUCUCGCCCGCAGCAUUCGGUUCAGCUAUGAAACGGUUUAAUUAAUUCGAAAUCCAACAAUACGGUUUCUCAGUCUGUAUGAGUAUAACAUGAUUGAAUCUUAACAAUCCAAGUCAGUUGUUUAACAUUCGUAUUAUAAGGUAUAGAGUACAUAUUUACAUGCAUAGUUUCAGUUUCGUCGAAAUAAUCGCCCGCAUUUUAAUGAUUUCGUUUCAAUUUUCAAGUCGCAAAUUUCUAAGGUUGUUUAGUCGUCAAGAGUUUCCUUUCCUGACGGCACCCUAAAAAGUACUCCAUCUUCCAUGGUUGUAUAUUUUUAUCGGUAUUAUUUAGUUAAAUUUGGUUUAGUUCCUUACAUACUAACAUUUCACAACACGACUCGCGUGGAUCGACUAUGAAUUUCUUGAGUAGGCCAUAUUAUUAAUAAUAUUUACCUUUCUGAUAAUUGUUAGUUUUCACUUUACAGUACUUAUUAAUUAUGUCCACUCUAAUGUAACGGUGCAACUUGUAUUUUUUCGAUUAUACUUAAUUUGUAAAACAUGGCAAUGAAUUAAUUAGACUAAACCUCACAUAUUUAUAUGACAUGAAUUUCUCAGUAAUAAAUUAUUCUUGAAAUAUCUUAUGCCACACAA